AUGGCGGUACAGCCUUACACCAUUUCCGUUUCCGACGAUGUGCUGGAAGACCUCCGGCACCGUCUGAAUCACGUCCGCUGGCCCGACGAGAUUCCGGGGGCCGAAUGGGACUACGGCUCCAACCUGCACUACAUCAAGGAGUUGGUGGCGUACUGGCGGGACGGUUUUGACUGGCGCAAGGCCGAGGCUGGCCUCAACGCCUUCGCCAAUUUCUACACCACCAUCGAGGGCCAGGGCAUCCACUUCAUCCACGAGAAGGGCAAGGGGCCCAAUCCCAUGCCCCUCAUCGUCACCCACGGCUGGCCCGGCUCCAUCUACGAGAUGCACAAGAUCAUCCCCCUGCUCACCGACCCGGGCAGCCACGGCGGCGACCCGGCCGACUCCUUCGACGUGGUCGUCCCCUCCAUGCCGGGCUAUGGCUUCAGCGCCCAGACCCGUGAGCGUGGGGUCAACACCCGCCGGAUCGCCGAGCUGUGGGACAAGCUGAUGGCCGACGAUCUGGGGUACCAGCGCUACGCGGCGCAGGGCGGCGACUGGGGCGCCGGCGUCACCGCCCGCCUGGGCUUCCAUCAUGCGAACCACGUGCUCGGCAUCCACACCACCUCCGUGACCCAGGCCAUACCCUAUCAGGGCGCCAGCCUGGAGGGGUUGAGCAUGCGGGAGCGGCUGGAGCAGGUGAUCGGCACCCCCCAGGGCGGCUACCGACGGGACUUCGCCGCCUCGCUGUCCGACAACGAGCUCGCCAUGAUCGACCAACGAGUCUCCUGGGCGGCCGCGGAGGGUGGCUACGGGCACAUCCAGGGCACCAAGCCCCAGACCCUGGCCUACGGCCUGAACGACUCUCCGGUUGGUCUCUGCGCCUGGAUCGUGGAGAAGUACCGCACCUGGAGCGACUGCAACGGCGAUGUGGAAAGCGUCUAUACCAAGGACGACCUGCUGACCACCGUGAUGAUCUACUGGGUGACCCAGACCAUCAACUCCAGCACCCGUCUCUACUACGAGAACAGCCGCGCACCCUGGUACUUCGGACCCGACGACCAGAUUGGGGUGCCCUGCGCCAUUGCUGUGUUCCCCAAGGAGCUGUCCACGCCGCCGCGUUCCUGGGCGGAGCGCACCUAUAAUGUGCAGCGCUGGACCGAGAUGGACAGCGGCGGCCACUUCGCUGCCCUGGAGAAGCCGGCCGAGCUGGUGGCCGACAUGCGCGAGUUCUUCCGCGGACUGCGGUAA